CGUUAUUGGUUAACCAAUAUCAAAUCAUUAAUAAAUAGGUACCUUAUCACAAGAGAAACAUAAAAAUAGGUACAACAUACAAGAAUGACAUAAUAAAGGUAAUAAUUCAACCUUGAAAUCUUGAAAUGAAUUAAAAUUGUUAUUUUUAAAUACAAGAAGCGAGCUUGUAGCAUAAUUCGUAAACAAACUCGUGCCUCUACAUAGAACAUGUUGUGUGUUUAAAUUUCCGAUUUAUCAUAUAUUAUCUAUACAUAUAAUUGUAUGACAAUCGAGAAAACAAUGAGUGAGCUUUAGCCUAUGGCAAAAUAUCAUUAUAUCACCUCGUGACGAUGAGAUUGAUACCUUUUCUAUAAGCAUGCAUAAAACCUUAUUAUCUUUUCACCAAACUUACACAUGUUCGUAACUAAAUCCUAACAUAUGAGUCUAGAUCCUCACGUAAUACAGAGAUAUUGAGAAUACAACGAGUGAUCUGAUUGGAUGUACAAGUGGGAGGGAGACCAUAAAUCGUGGGAAAUACAAUGAAAAAUGGCAAAUAGGAGGAAAACGUGACAUGCUAAGUGGGUCAAUGAACAUAGAACAUGGUCCAUCACAUUGAUUCGAAGCUGGUGCAGAGAUCAACAUGACCUUAAUAUCCAUCCCUUUAGAAAAACUAUUUCAAUGGCUGUAGGGUUGGUACCUUGUAUUAAACGUAACCGGCCUUGAGAGCAAAUGCUGCCUGCUUCUUUUAUGUUAUCUCCCACUACUACCGUCGCUACCGACCAUCCUUAAUUUAAUUUUAUUUAAUUUUUGUAGACAUUCCUAUAGUUGAUCUGUGGGAGUUGUAGCGCCAGGCAACAUCCAGGCGUUAAUCAUCCAAACCCGAUAGACUAAUCAACUUCCACUCAUCAAAAUAAAAAUAAAAAUCAGUUCUUUUGGGGAAAACUGUUUCCAUGGCCUCAAUUUGAUGCCAGAAAGGCAAGGAGGCAAGGAAGGAAAGGAACAAAAACAGAGGAAAAGAAAAGAAAGGGAAAGAGAGAGAAGCAGCAAAUAGAGACACCGGGAGACGGAGAGGCCAGAGAGAGAGAGAGAAAGAAAGAGAGUUGCGUCACGCACUCACGUUCCUUUGGUUUGUUUGACCUGGUACACAUCUAGAGACCACGGGCGCUUUAUUUUAUCUAAGAUCUGUGAAUGCCUCAUUGUUAACUCUCGAGGAUCAGGAGAGCGAGAGAGAGAGAGAGAGCGAUUGGGUUGGGAGUUGGAGGUGGAGGAGGAAGAGUUGAUGGUUCGAGGUAGAACCCACUGUCUGAUUUGUGGGAAAGUUUCCAUUUUUGUGUACAAAUUGAAAUUCUUCGCUGUCGGAUUGAUUGUUCUGUCUGGGUGGUACAAUGGAUAAGCACCGUAAAAGGGAAUGAAUUAUUCUGGGGAGGGAAAGGUUGAGUUAUAUUGAGGGAGAGGGGGAAACUGGAGGUAGACAGCAGAAUUGAGUCUGUUCUUUUUCUUUUUCUUCUUCUUCUUCUUCUUGUGUGUGUGGGGAGAAAGGGUUGAAGAAGAUGGAAGAUCAUGCAGAGGACAAUGAUAUAGAGAUAGAGGGAGGAGGGAUCGGAGAUGACAAGGAAUUCGGGUUAAUGAAAGAGCCACUCCUUCUCAGGAACAGGCAGAACAAUACUUCCCAGAUUGCCAUUGUUGGUGCCAAUGUUUGCCCCAUUGAAAGCCUGGAUUAUGAGAUUGUUGAGAAUGAAUUGUUUAAGCAAGACUGGAGGACUAGAAAGAAGAAUGAGAUAGUUCAAUAUGUUGUCCUUAAGUGGACACUUGCCCUUCUGAUUGGAUUUAGCACUGGGGUUGUUGGCUUUUUCAACAACCUUGCAGUUGAGAACAUCGCUGGUUUUAAGCUUAUGUGGACGAACAGUCUUAUGCUUCAGAACAAUUAUUACCUGGCAUUCGGAGCAUUUGCUGGUUGCAAUGCGGUUUUGGCUGUCGCCGCUGCUGCCCUCUGUGCGUACGGAGCCCCUGCUGCAGCAGGUUCUGGCAUACCCGAAGUUAAAGCAUACCUUAAUGGUGUAGAUGCUCCUUCUAUUUUGGCCCCAAGCACUCUCUUUGUGAAGAUUUUUGGGUCCAUCUUUGGAGUUGCUGCAGGGUUGGUCGUGGGAAAGGAGGGACCCAUGGUGCACACUGGAGCGUGCAUAGCUGCCUUUCUUGGACAAGGUGGUUCAAGGAAGUAUCACUUGACAUGGAGAUGGCUAAGGCACUUCAAGAACGAUAGGGACCGACGAGAUUUAGUGACUUGUGGUGCUGCAGCUGGUGUGGCAGCUGCUUUUCGAGCUCCUGUUGGUGGUGUCCUAUUUGCUCUUGAAGAAGCUGCUUCAUGGUGGAGGAGUGCUCUACUUUGGAGAACUUUUUUUACAACGGCUGUUGUUGCAGUGGUGUUGAGAGGUUUCAUGGACUUCUGCAAGUCUGGAAAGUGUGGGCUAUUUGGGGAAGGCGGUCUUAUCAUGUUUGAUGUCAAUUCGUCGGUUGCCAGUUAUGGCACCCCAGAUCUAUUGGCAAUCAUCUUCCUUGGUGUGCUUGGGGGACUUCUGGGAAGCUUUUACAAUUAUCUAGUGGACAAGGUCCUUCGCACUUAUAGCAUCAUUAAUGAGAAGGGACCAAUAUUCAAGGUCCUACUUGUGCUGUGCAUCUCCCUUCUGACCUCGUGUUUCUCUUAUGGUCUCCCAUGGCUCUCAUCAUGCACUCCCUGCCCUCCCCACCUUAUGGAGGAGUGUCCCACUGCAGGUCGGUCCGGUAAUUACAAGAAUUUCCAGUGCCCAUCACACCAAUACAAUGAUCUCGCCUCUCUUUUCUUCAACACCAACGACGACGCCAUCAAAAAUUUACUCAGCCCAGGGGUCUCUAAACAGUUUCACAUCCCGACACUCCUUGUUUUCUUUAGCGCCAUAUUCUUCCUCGGCAUAAUCACAUAUGGCAUUGCAGUCCCUUCCGGUCUCUUCAUUCCUGUCAUUCUCGCUGGGGCAUCGUAUGGCCGCCUCGUUGGUCGCUUGCUCGGUUCUCUCUCUCAGCUUGAUGCAGGUCUCUUUGCUCUCCUUGGUGCUGCAUCCUUCCUUGGUGGCACGAUGAGAAUGACAGUCUCACUCUGUGUCAUUCUUCUUGAACUCACCAAUGACUUGUUGAUGCUUCCAUUGAUGAUGCUUGUUCUCCUCAUUUCCAAAACUGUGGCUGAUUGUUUCAACAAGGGCGUUUACGACCAAAUUGUGAAGAUGAAAGGACUGCCAUACAUGGAAGCUCAUGCCGAGCCAUACAUGAGGCAGUUGGUUGCAGGAGACGUUGUUUCAGGCCCAUUAUUCACUUUUGCCGGGGUUGAAAAAGUGGGGAACAUUUGGCAUGCAUUGAAGGUAACCAGGCACAAUGCGUUCCCAGUGAUCGAUGAGCCACCUUACACGGAUGCACCCGAGCUGUGUGGGCUUGUGCUCAGGUCUCAUCUCCUUGUUUUGCUUAAGGGGAAGAAGUUCACGAAGCAGAAGGUGAUGACGGGUUCAGAAAUCAUGAGGAGAUUCAAGGCGCAUGAUUUUGCUAAAGCUGGGUCAGGGAAAGGGGUGCAGCUAGAGGAAUUGGAUAUCUCUGACGAGGAAAUGGAGAUGUUUGUUGACCUUCAUCCCAUCACAAACACUUCCCCUUAUACUGUCGUCGAGACCAUGUCAUUAGCGAAAGCAGCCGUUCUGUUCCGUGAACUUGGUCUUCGACACUUGCUGGUUGUGCCAAAGACACCUGGGAGGCCUCCCAUUGUUGGGAUACUGACAAGGCACGAUUUCGUCCCAGAGCAUAUCUUGGGGCUCUACCCCCAUAUCAAUCCUCACAAGUAGGAGCCAAGGGGGGAGGAGAGGAAGGAAGAAAGCAGGCAAGCAAAAACUUCUUAGCUAUACCCAAUAUACCUUUUGCAGCCUUCAACGGCACUGUAAAAGAUUUUGUUUGUAAAAGCCAGGGGUGGCAUUGUGAAUUUUUUGAUGCUAUGAUUAGUCUUGGGGUAUGAAUAAGAGAUUGGUUACAAAUUAAAGAGAGGAGGUCAAAUAUGACCUCCUCUUAUACAAGAGGGGUGUAGAUUCUUGCAAAACAUUGCUUCAGAGACCAAAGUUUCUUUAGUUUGAUCUCUUUUUUCUUCUGUUUCUUGUGUAUUAUGUCAGGAAACCAUCCUUGUUAUGGAUUUUUUCGGGUUAAACAUUUUUACAGUAUUGGGUGUGUUUAUUCAAUUCUUCCCUAACUUUUAGGAAAUGAAAGUGUAGUGUCUGUUCGUUAAGGUACUAAGGUUGGAUUACAAGGACUGCAAACGACGAUAAUGAAUGUGCGACAUCGAU